UGACGAAGCAACCCUGACGAGACCCGACGUACAGCGCGCGGCCAAGCGGCCGGCAGUCCUCUGGCUGACUGCUGCGGGGCGGCCGGCGGCAGCCGGCUUUCACCAGUGCACGUGCCCGCCGGCGUCCGACGCCCCGCAUUCCGGCGCGUGCACCACUCGGCCACCGACGCCACCCUGCCGCGCUGGUCAUCGCGUCCACCGGACCAGCAUGGACAACCAGGGCUUCGUGACCGGUGAGGACGAUAGCAAGACGAACGGGGGCGGCACAGGAUCGCCGGACGCGCCGCCCGUGCGCAUGCCGCGCACCGUGGGCGCCGCCUCCGGCACGGCCAUCAUCGUCGGCACCAUGAUCGGCUCCGGCAUCUUCGUGUCGCCCAAAGGCAUCUUGGAGGGAAGCGGCUCGGUGGCGCUCUCGCUGCUGGUGUGGUUUGGCUGCGGCGUGCUCUCCAUGUUGGGCGCGCUCUGCUACAUCGAGCUGGGUCUGCUGAUCCCGGAGUCGGGCGCCGAGUUCACCUACUUGUUCCACGGGCUUGGCCCGCUGCACCGCUUUCUCGGCCCGCUCCCUGCCUUCCUGCAGUCUUGGUCAACCAACCUCCUCACACUUCCAGCGUCCACGGCCGUCCUCAGCCUGGCGUUCGCAGAGUACUGCAUCCAGCCGUUCUACGCCAGACCGUGCGCGCCACCGCCGAUGGCCGUCCCGCUGCUGGCCGUGAUCACGUGCUGCCUGGUGACGUUCACCAACUGCUACAGCGUCACCUGGGCUACACGGGCGCAGAACUUUUUCACGGUGUCGAAGCUCGCUGCCAUAGGCCUCAUCAUAGCAGCCGGCGUCUACUCGCUGGCUCAAGGCAACAGCCAGUACCUGGCCACCGGCUUCCAGGGCAGCACAUCUUCUGCCGGCGAUGUCGCCACGGCGUUCUACGGCGGACUCUGGGCGUAUGACGGUUGGAACAACCUUAACUGUCUCACCGAAGAGAUCGUGGAGCCGGCUCGAAACCUGCCGCUGGCCAUCCUCAUCGCGCUGCCGCUCGUUACCGUCUGCUACAUCUUGACUAACGUGGCCUACCUGUCGGUGCUGUCGCCACAGCAGCUGCUGGACUCGCCGGCCGUCGCCGCCUCCUUCGCCGAGGGUGUGCUGGGUCCAGCCGCCUUCCUGAUUCCAGUGGGCGUGGCGCUGUCUGUGUGCGGCGCCCUCAAUGGCACCAUCCUCAGCACGGCCCGCCGCUGCCUCGCCUCCGCUCGCCAGGGCCACUUGGUCGACGUGCUGAGCUUCAUCCACGUGCGUCGGCUGACACCGACCCCGGCGGCCAUGUUCAACUGUGGCAUCGCCGUCAUUAUGAUCGCCGUCGGCAACAUCGAUAGCCUGAUUGGCCUCUUCAGCUUCUGCGCCUGGAUUUUCUACGGUCUGGUAGUGCUGACGCUGAUCAUCCUGAGGUCGACCCGGCCAGACGCCAAGCGGGCGUUCCGCGUGCCCAUCUGGAUCCCAUGGCUGGUGCUGCUCAUGUCCUGCUACCUGGUGGUGGGACCGAUAGUGGACAGGCCGCAAUACGAAUACUUCUACGUCAUCGCCUUCCUGCUGGUCGGCGUGCUCGUGUACGUCCCAUGUGUGUACUGCAAGUGGAGGCCUAAUGGAAUGGGGAGCGUGACUUCCUGCCUUCAGAAGACUCUGGAGCUGGUGCCUGCCUCAUAGCAGGGAUCCGGCGUGUGUGAUAUGAUGCCGGGAGGGAUUCAUGUGGUACAAUUUACAGGAUGUCCAAACAUACAGAAUAUCUGCGGUACAGAAUGUUCAAGGUGCAGAAUAUAUAUAUAUAUAUAUAUAUAUAUAUAUAUAUAUAUAUACUUCAUAAUGUCUAAGGCGAAGCACAUCCCGAAUUUGAGGUGACUUCCAAAAUGGUUGACAGUGCAGGUGUUGAUAAUGCCCAAAGCAGACGGUGUCCAAAGUGCACCAUGUCGAAAUUACACCAUGCUCAAAAUACAUUAUGUUCAAGGCGCAAAAUGUCCCAAAGUCAUAAUGCCCUGAGCAGAAUGUCCGAUGCUCGGAGUGUCCAAUUGUGUUUCUGGGGCGACCGCCAGAGUGCGAAUUAUCGCCCCUAUUGACUGACAGUAGCUUUCCCUGAAACCUCCGCCGCUCACGUUUUGUUGGCACUCGGCGCGCGGUCCGCUGUCUGCCGCCAGCCGGUGACGUGAGUGGUAGCGAGAGUGAUGUAGGAAGUCAUUCGUCCAAUGAG